UUAUCGUCUCGAAGUUCCCGGGUUUUAUUUUAUUAGUUUAUAUAAUAAUAUUUGACUGUCAGCUUCUUUUAUUAGACUACUAUUAUUUCAACAUUUCUUAAAAGAAUUUAUUCCAGCAGUAACUUUUACUUACACUUAAACGGAGUAACCAUUGGUUUGCUCAAUUACAAUUUGUUGAAAAAUGGCUUCGUCUUCAAGCUCCUCAACGAAGGGAUAUGUGAAUGUCAUUACAUUGCGAUGUCCUAAUCAUCCCGAUGCUGAGCUCGUGGAAGAUUAUCACGCCGGGGAUGUCGUUUGCAUGGAGUGUGGUAUAGUUGUUGGUGACAGGAUAAUUGAUGUUGGAUCUGAAUGGAGAACAUUCAGCAAUGAAAAAGAUUCCAAAGAUAACUCUAGAGUCGGAGCAGCUGAGAACAGCCUCCUCGAGGGUUCAGACCUUUCAACCUGCAUCACUAUGGGAUCGGGGCCUGCCAGCUUUAACGAAAAUGGUCGACCCAUUUAUAACAACAGGAGAAAUAUCAGCAGUGGUGAUCGGGCUCUGAUGAUCGCCUUCAGAGAGAUUGCACAGAUGGCAGACAGAUUGAAUCUUCCUAAAAUGAUUGCAGACAGAGCGAACACAAUCUUCAAACAAGUGCAUGUCUCGAAAUCUCUGAAAGGCAGAAGUAACGAUGCCAUCUCGAGUGCAUGUAUGUACAUUGCAUGCAGACAAGAGGGAGUCCCUAGGACUUUCAAAGAGCUGUGUGCUGUCUCAAAAGUAUCCAAGAAAGAAAUUGGACGAGCUUUCAAAUUGAUUCUUAAGAUAAUCAACACGAGCGUCGAGCUCAUCUCCACUGGAGACUUCAUGUCGAGAUUUUGUUCAAACCUUGGCCUGUCUGCCGCUAUCCAAAAAGCUGCCAUCCACAUUGCUGAUAAGGCUGUAUUGCUGAACCUCGUUGCAGGACGUAGCCCGGUAUCUGUUGCAGCAGCUGCAAUAUACAUGGCAUCUCAAGCAUCGGAUGACAAAAAAACAGCAAAAGAAAUUGGAGACGUGAGUGGGGUAGCAGAAGUGACAGUGAAGCAUGCAUACAAAUCCAUGUACCCCAAAGCCCAUGAUCUUUUUCCGGAGGAUUUCAAGUUCUGUGUGCCUGUCGAACAGUUGCCUUCAAUGUGAAAACAUAUAGGCAUUGACAUUUGUAUGCAUUUGUAUAUAUUUGUUUAUAAAUUGACGUUCGUUUUUCUUUUUAUUGUGCAGUUGAAAACCUCAAGCGGUAGCUUUUGGAAAUUUUUUAUCCCUGCAUAUUGAGAACAUUUUGAGUUUGCGUUUAAGUAAAUGGGUUUUAGGGAGAUCAUUCACUUAUUUCAGCAACAACACACACAAUAUAUGUAAAUUAUAGCCCUCUGCUACAUAUCUAUAUACCUGUAAAUUAUAGAAGCAUUCACAAAUGAAAAAUAAACUGUUUAAAAAAAUUUUACUUGUU